ACCGAAACUGGUGGGAAAUUUUUGAUUGGUCGUUGGAAAGUAAGCACAAGGGAUGAAACAAAAAACAAAGUAGCAACGAACAAGCCUAGGGAAGGCUGCUCCAACUGCAUCUUGAGUUAGCAGAUCAACCAUUCCUGGGUUUGUGACAGAAGAAAAGGCCAGGCAGUUUGUUAGUAGACGACAACGGCCUGUGAACUGAAGAAGACAAAGAAAAUGCCGCUGGGAAAGUAUAACUGCGACUACUGCGAGAAGCAGUUCCAAGACACCCCUUCUGCUCGAAAACGCCACCUGCAGGGUCUCCAACACCUCCGUGCCAAAGCUCAAUGGUACCACUCCCAAAACGCCAAUGAUCCCAAUCACAGUUUAACUGAACCCUUUGCAAAAGGAAUCUGCAAUCGCUUCGUCAAAACGGGAUUUUGCCAGUUCGGAGACAACUGCAAAUACUUCCAUCCCAAGAACGAUUCGCGAGGCGCAAAUCCUCAAGCAGCAGCUGCACCUGCACCAGGUAGUGUGGAGGGAGCUGGUAUUGGAAUGUCGUGGGGCAAUCUGCCGCCAUCCCUGAAGCCUCCACCUGAGGGUGGAUAUCCUCCACUUCCCUUUGUGGAUUGGGGAUAAGUCUGUUAUUUCAUUUAGACGCCAAUUUUGUCAGUUGCUACUGAUAUAACUACUGCUGCUAUACUUUUCUGUUACUUGUUCUUCAAUAUCAAAGCUGUGCUGUUUAUGGUUAUGUUAGUAGAUGUUAAAUAAAACAAUCACCUUUCUGUUUC